GGCACUAUCUGGGCACUCCGACUUCUGGCUCCUCUCCUCCCUUUCCUCCCCACCCGCUCCGCGCCGCCGCCAAUCCCGGCGCGUCCCGCCUCCGCGCUGUGGCUUCACGCCAGUUCCCGGCCGCGCGCCCCUCCCUCGCGGUCCCCGGCGCUCGCGGCUCCGGUCUGCGCUCCCGCAGCUCCUCUCCCGCGCCCCUGCUCCUGCUCGCCUCGCAGCCUCCGCGGACCCGCAGCCAUGGCCGACAUCAAGACGGGCAUCUUCGCCAAGAACGUCCAGAAGCGACUCAACCGAGCGCAGGAAAAGGUCCUUCAGAAGCUUGGGAAAGCUGAUGAGACAAAAGACGAACAGUUUGAAGAAUAUGUCCAGAACUUCAAACGGCAAGAGGCAGAGGGUACCAGACUUCAGCGAGAACUCCGAGGAUAUUUAGCAGCUAUCAAAGGCAUGCAAGAAGCCUCAAUGAAGCUCACCGAGUCACUGCAUGAAGUCUAUGAGCCUGACUGGUAUGGGCGGGAAGACGUGAAGAUGGUUGGUGAGAAAUGUGAUGUGCUGUGGGAAGACUUCCAUCAAAAACUAGUGGAUGGGUCCCUGCUGACACUGGAUACCUAUCUGGGCCAAUUUCCUGACAUAAAGAACCGCAUUGCGAAGCGCAGCAGGAAGCUGGUUGACUACGACAGUGCCCGCCACCACCUGGAGGCCUUACAGAGCUCCAAGAGGAAGGAUGAGAGUCGGAUCUCUAAGGCAGAAGAGGAGUUUCAGAAAGCACAGAAAGUAUUUGAAGAGUUUAACGUUGACUUACAAGAAGAGUUACCAUCGUUAUGGUCAAGACGAGUUGGAUUUUAUGUCAAUACUUUCAAAAAUGUCUCUAGCCUUGAGGCCAAGUUUCAUAAGGAAAUUGCGGUGCUUUGCCACAAAUUGUAUGAAGUGAUGACGAAACUGGGCGACCAGCACGCUGACAAGGCCUUCACCAUUCAAGGAGCUCCCAGUGAUUCGGGUCCUCUCCGCAUCGCAAAGACACCCUCACCGCCAGAGGAGGCAUCCCCCAUCCCGAGCCCCACAGCCAGUCCCAAUCAUACUCUGGCACCUGCUUCUCCCGCACCAGUGAGGCCGCGGUCACCAUCGCAGACAAGGAAGGGGCCUCCUGUCCCGCCUCUGCCUAAAGUCACCCCAACAAAGGAACUGCAGCAGGAGAACAUCAUCAAUUUCUUUGAGGACAAUUUUGUUCCAGAAAUCAGUGUGACGACACCUUCCCAGAAUGAAGUCCCUGAGGUAAAGAAGGAGGAGACUUUGUUGGAUCUGGACUUUGACCCUUUCAAGCCUGAGGUGGCCGCCGCAGGUUCUGCUGGAGUGACCCACUCACCCAUGUCUCAGACAUUGCCCUGGGACCUAUGGACGACAAGCACUGAUUUGGCCCAGCCGACUGACUCUUCAAAAAGUCUUUCCCUGUGUAACCUGAUCAUGGAGGAAACUCCAGACAGUGGGUUGGCUGAAGAAAUUCAAAGAUCUCAGAUUGACCUAGGUGCAUUUAUUUGGGGCCCUGAUGCUAGUACAGACAGUGUCAGCCAGGAAGUUACCCACAGUGGGUCUCAGGAAGACUCUGCAUGUCUCUCUGAAGCAGAGCAAGACGUGGGACUGUCCACUGGGAUGCUUCCUUCUGCUGAUGGGCCAACUGUAGUCGAGCAGGGUGAUCGUCUCCUGGGGCCCACCCCUCCAUGGGGAAAUGAACACCUGUCCCCAAAGCCUGUGCCUCAGGCUGAACUUGCCAGUGCGGCUUGUAUGGAGAUGGAGCUGCCUUAUGGCUUACCCGAUUCAGAGAUGCCAGCCAUGGAAAGUGGUGGCCUGGUCAAAGAAAGUCAAGAAGAUGUUAAAAAGUCAGAAGAAGAGGAAGAGAAACAGAAGGCGGAAGAUUCGCUGUGGGCAGGUGUGGAGACAUGUGAAAAGGCUUCUGGUGGUUCAUUUAAUGGAUUCACUCAGCCCCAGGACACUUCAUUAUUCACAAUGCAGAUAGACCAGAAUAUGAUCAGUAACUUGGCUGAAUCUGAACAGGCUCCACCCGCAGAGCCGAAAGCAGAGGAGCCACCUGCCACUGUAACACCUGCUGUUGGGCUGGACGCUGGAUUGGACACCCGGGCUGAGGAACCAGUGGAGGAGGCAGUGAUCAUGCCUGGCAGUGAUGCUGAUGUGACUGUUGAGACCUUGGUGUCUGCAGAGGAGGGGAGCCCAGUGGAGGAAGCAGAGACUGAGAAGGCAGCUCUUCCUACUGUAGAAGAAGUAGGUUUAGAGGGGCCCAAGAUCGAUACUGCAGCCACAGAGGUCGUAGACGGUGACAGAUCUCAACCAGAAGGAACAGAAGCAGCAGCACGUCAGGAGAAGGCCAUCCCUUCUGUCGUCAUAGAGCCCGCCUCCAACAACGAAGGUGAGGGAGAACACGAAACAGCCGCAGGUGCAGAGUCCAAGGAGGCAACCAAAGACGCCGCUCUUCCGGGCCCCACCAGUGAGACGGCAGAGCCAGCCACUGAGCAGAAGACCACCGAGCAGACCACCGAGGACCCCCAGCCGGCGCCCUCUGCUCCGUCCACAAGUGAGGCCUCUCUGGAAGUGCCUCCCGGCUUUCUCUACAAGGUGGAAGCACUUCACGAUUUUGAGGCAGCAAAUGCUGAUGAACUUACCUUACAAAGGGGUGAUGUGGUGUUGGUGGUUCCCUCGGAUUCGGAAGCAGACCAGGUAAAGGCUGAGGUUGGAAUGUGGUGCAGGCUGCAUUUGCUUUGUGCUGAGGAUCAGUUGGACACAGUGACUUCCUGGAGACGUUUUCAUUUUCUGAGAUGCUGGAGGGCAGCUCUGAAAAGGGAUUAAGGGCUUCUGACCACA